AUACCCAGUCAUCCUGUCAAUUGAAGAGCACUGUAGUGUGGAGCAGCAGCGACACAUGGCCAAAGUGUUCAAAGAGGUAUUUGGGGAUCAGCUUUUAAUGAAGCCUAUUGAAGCCAGUGCAGAUCAGCUACCAUCACCAACCCAGCUGAAAGAAAAAAUCAUCAUCAAGCACAAAAAACUGGGGCCGAAGGGAGACAUUGAUGUGAACUUGGAAGACAAGAAAGAAGAAAAAAAGCAACAAGGAGAACUUUACAUGUGGGACACAAUAGAACAGAAAUGGACUCGGCACUACUGUGCUAUUGCUGAUGAAAAGCUUUCAUUCAGCGAUGAUAUAGAACAGAAUGCUGAUGAAGAUUCGUCAAAGGAGGGGAAACGUACUGAACUGCACUUAAAAGAGAAAUGGUUCCAUGGGAAAAUGAAGGAGGGGAGAACAACUGCUGAGAAACUGCUCCAAGAAUAUUGUGCUGAAAUGGGUGGCAAGGAUGGGACAUUCCUAGUUAGGGAAAGCGAGGCUUUCCCUAAUGAUUGCACAUUAUCAUUCUGGAGGUCAGGUAGAGUCCAGCACUGUCGGAUCCGUUCUUCAAGUGAUGGGGACUCUGUGAAAUACUACCUGACGGACAACCUUACUUUUGACAGCAUCUAUGAUCUUAUUCAACACUACAAGGAGGCCCACUUGCGAUGUGCUGAAUUUGAGCUGCGUCUGACUGAUGCUGUGCCUAAUCCCAGCCCGCAUGAGACUAAAGAUUGGUACUAUAGCAACUUGAGUCGGGGAGAGGCAGAAGACAUGCUGAUGCGAAUUCCUCGAGAUGGAGCCUUUCUGAUUAGAAAGAGAGAUGAACCUGAUUCGUUUGCCAUGACUUUCAGAGCGGAGGGGAAGGUGAAGCACUUCCGAAUUCAACAAGAAGGUCGACAUUUUGUGCUUGGAACCUCGGCCUAUUUUGAGAGUUUAGUGGAGCUGGUAACGUACUAUGAGAAGCAUCCGCUGUACAGGAAAAUGAAACUACGUUACCCAGUGACUGAGGAGCUGCUGGAGCGCUACAGCAUGGAAAAAGAUAUUAACUCCCUCUAUGAUGUCAAGAUGUAUGUGGAACCCAGUGAAAUCACCCCUACAGUGCCUCAGAGAACAGUGAAAGCCUUGUAUGACUACAGAGCCAAAAGAAGUGAUGAAUUGAGCUUCUCUCGAGGAGCUUUAAUUCAUAAUGUCACAAAGGAAACUGGAGGCUGGUGGAAGGGAGAUUAUGGAGAAAAAGUCCAACACUAUUUUCCAUCUAAUUAUGUUGAAGACUUGUCAUCUGAUAACUCUGCUGAGCUUGAAAGCCAGAUUAUCGAGGACAAUCCAUUAGGCUGUCUGUGUCGUGGCAUACUGGUUCUUAAUACGUACAACGUUGUGAAAAUGCCACAAGGGAAACACAAAAAGCCUUUUGUCUUCAUUCUGGAACCUAAGAAUCCAGAAGAUCCAUGUGUUGAGUUUGCAACUGAUAAAGUAGAAGAGCUCUUUGAAUGGUACCAAAGUAUCCGUGAAAUCACUUGGAAGACUACAGAAGAGGAGAACAGGAGGAAAUACUGGGAAAAGAAUCAAUUGAUUGCGAUUGAAUUAUCUGAUCUGGUAAUCUACUGCAAGCCCACAAGCAAAACCAAGGACAAUUUAGAAAAUCCUGAUUUCAAAGAAAUCCGUUCUUUUGUGGAAACGAAGGCAGAGAGCAUUGUUAAGCAAAAGCCAGCUGAGUUGUUAAAAUACAACCUGAAGGGACUGACACGUGUCUAUCCUAAAGGACAGAGGGUCGACUCAUCCAACUACGACCCAUUUCGCCUCUGGCUAUGUGGCUCCCAGAUGGUUGCUCUUAACUUCCAAACUCCAGAUAAAUACAUGCAAUUGAACCAUGCCUUGUUUUCACUUAAUGGACGCACUGGCUAUGUUCUGCAGCCAGAAAGCAUGCGAAAUGAAGAAUAUGACCCAAUGCCAAAUGACUUGAAGAGGAAAUUGCAGAUGAUUAUGACAGUGAGGGUUUUAGGUGCUCGUCAUCUCCCUAAACCUGGUAGAAGCAUCGCUUGUCCCUUUGUAGAGGUAGAAAUUUGUGGGGCUGAAUAUGAUAACAACAAAUUCAAGACAACAGUUGUGAAUGACAAUGGCCUUAAUCCAGUUUGGGUACCCUGUCCAGAGCAAGUGAAAUUUGAAAUUUAUGAUCCAAAUCUAGCGUUUCUGCGCUUUGUUGUUUAUGAGGAGGAUAUGUUCAGUGAUCCCAAUUUCUUAGCACAUGCCACUUUUCCCAUCAAAGGAAUCAAAUCAGGUUUUAGAUCAGUUCCUCUCAAGAACGGCUAUAGUGAAGAUAUAGAGCUGGCCUCACUUCUGGUUCACUGUGAAAUGCAACAAGUUCUGGAAAGCGAAGAAGAGCUUUAUUCCUCAUGUCGGCAACUUCGGAAGCGCCAGGAGGAGCUUAAUAACCAGCUGUUCCUUUAUGACACCCAUAUGAAUUUAAGGAAUCCUAACAGAGAUGCUAUAUUAAAAGAAUUCAAUGUGAAUGAGCACAAACUACAGAUAUAUCAAGAGACAUGCAACCGCAGAUUAAAGGAGAAGAAAGUCAGUAACAGCAAAUUCUACUCUUAAAGCAAUCAUUCUUUGAUGCAUGCUUUAUGGUGCAAUUCAGGAAGAGAUAUUAAUUUAUCCUGGUCAUCCUGUACAACGAUGGUCUCAUCAGACUGAAUGACUGGCAGAAGAGAAAGAGGAGGAAAGAUGGAUUUCCUUAAUUUCUUGUUAUAAGAAAAACUGUUUUAAUUCCUAAUAAUUUAUAUUCUGUACAAAGCAUACCCUCUGUGCAGGCCAGACCUGUGUAUUCAAGAUUUUUAAAAUUUGAGGGCAUGUAGUUGAGUAGACCUCACUUCUCAUUAUCAAUACCUGAAGUACAAGUAUAAAUCAUCUUCUAUAUUUGUGUAUGCAGGCUAUAGAUAAGACAUUCACAACAACUUGCGUGCAUGGAAUCACAC